CUCGUUGGCAAGUAACCUCGAUGCAGUGCGUGUUUAUCUUUAACUGAAGCUUGCUAGUGGUAAUUAGAUAAUAUUCUUACAAUUUCGGAAGUACUGACAUGAUCUUCAAGAAAUAUGCUGUUUUCUUUAAUCUAGUGUAACAGUAAUCCACAUCUUUUUCCAAUCCUUAGUGACAGGAAUAAGGUAGCUAACGUUAGGUAUUUUAAUUCGUGUUAUGGGAGGGAAAGGAACCGUAGGCCAAUGGACAGAUGGUAACGUUAAGUUAAAAUGCUGCGGUAUUUUGCAGUUUUUUUGAAACGGCGAAUUCUGGUAUGGUAUAGGUUUAAAAAAUGCCAGGGAAACUGAAAGCGAAGGUUGUGGCAGGCCGGCAUCUGCCUGUCAUGGACCGUGCCAGUGACCUUACUGAUGCUUUCGUGGAGGUGAAGUUUGGUACCACAACUUUUAAAACUGACGUGUGUCCCAAGUCUCUGAAUCCUCAGUGGAAUUCAGAGUGGUUUAAGUUUGAGGUAGAUGAUGAGGAUUUACAGGACGAGCCAUUGCAGAUAACAGUUCUGGAUCACGACACAUACAGUGCUAAUGAUGCAAUAGGGAAGGUUUACAUCGACAUUGACCCACUGCUUUGCAGUGAAGCUGCUACUGUCAUCUCUGGCUGGUUUCCCAUCUAUGACACCAUACAUGGUAUAAGAGGAGAGAUUAAUGUUCUAGUCAAAGUGGACCUCUUCAAUGACCUGAACCGAUUUCGUCAGUCUUCCUGUGGAGUCAAAUUCUUCUGCACCACAUCUAUCCCACGGUGUUUCCGUGCUGUGCUCAUUCAUGGCUUUGUGGAGGAGCUGGUGGUGAACGAAGACCCGGAAUACCAGUGGAUAGACCGCAUCCGGACGCCGCGUGCAUCUAACGAGGCUCGCCAGAGACUCAUCUCGCUUAUGUCAGGGGAACUUCAACGGAAGAUAGGUCUGAAGGUGCUGGAGAUGGGCGGUAAUGCAGUGGUUGGCUACCUGCAGUGUUUUGACCUGGAGGGCGAAUCUGGACUGGUUGUGCGAGCCAUUGGCACUGCCUGCACACUCGACAAAAUUAGCAGCACAUACACAGCCGCCAUAGUUCAGAACCUGUCUAACUCCUCUCCAUCAAAAGAUAUGAAAGACUCUCCGCAGGCUGUCCCUUCUGCUCUUGGAUGUCGCUCCACUCACAGCAGUCCGGUUCACAGUGCAAGCAGUCGACUCUCACAGGGUUUCUCCGUUUCCGUACCAACACUGCUGUUCGCCGGUAUGAAAAACAGACACAGGAGCUCAGAGGGCCCCAGAGCCAGGCAGUGUAGGGCGGGUUUUGGGGAGGAGGCCCCUGGCGUUCCAUUGUCCUCAGGACCCCCCACCCCUCUGCGAGCCCAAACCUUCUCCUCCUUCUCCCCCUCCAAGUCCUACAGCCGCCAGUCCUCCUCCUCGGACACGGAGCUGAGUCUGACCCCCAAAACCGCCCCACCUCUGCACCAUCCCGACUUCUGGCUCUCAGGUCAGACGCAGAGAGCGAGAGCGAGGAUUUGUCUGUCUCCCAGUUCUCCUAUCCAUCAGUGUAAGUCUUCACCCAUUCCCACUACUAAGGUCCCCAGGAGUACAACUCCUCCCCCUCUCCAUGUGAGCCAGUCAGACACAGCCAUGCUGAGAAAGAGCGUGUCCUUCAGUGAGGACCUGCUACUAGUGGCCUCUGGCAUGGGCAGUGGGGGCAGUGCUGGCAAGGAAGCGGGGCCUCUUAAAGCACUACUGAGACAGCAGACCCAAUCAGCAUUGGAGCAAAGGGAGUUCCCCUUCUUUACGCUGACUGGUUUCCCUCCUGCCUUUCUGCUUCACGUGGGUGGAGUGGUCAGUGCACGUUCGGUCAAGCUUCUGGAUCGAAUCCACAAUCCCGCCUUGGGUAACACCAGAUCAUACAAACUGCUAGACUGGAAUAGUUUCACCGCAGACGAGCCGGAGACGCGUGACGCUUGGUGGGAGGAGCUCCGUCAGGAGAUCAAGUCUCACGCCAAGGCCCUGGGCUGCCACGCUGUGGUGGGCUACAGCGAGUCCACCAGCAUCUGUGAGGAAGUGUGCAUUUUGUCAGCAUCGGGCACCGCCGCUAUUCUCAGCUCCCGCUUCGUGCAAGAUGGCGCACUGGACACAGAUCACAGGUUGUCACGGCAGCAAGCAUCGGUCUUUACCACAGGGGCAGAGAAGGGCGAGGGGGUUAUGGGUAGUUCAGCUUCACUUGGGUUUGAAGACGUGGCACCCCCUGCCUGCGGCUUCUGUCACAUCCCAUACGACGAGCUGAACAUGCCAUUCCCAGCCCAGCUCACGUACUGCCACUGUUGCCGGCGCCACAAAGUGCCCGAUGUGCUCUUCACCACCAUAGACGUGCCCACUGAAGCCAACGUCACUGGCAAAGGCUGCCUGAUUCAGGCCCGGCUGUGUCGGACAAAGAAGAAGGGCCAGGGCGAGGGCAACGCCACCGCCAUCAGCAACCUGCUGCCCUUCCUGGAGUACGAGCUACACACGCAGCUGCUCAACAAGCUGAAGCUGCGCGGCAUGAAUGCGCUGUUUGGCCUGCGCGUGCAGAUCAGCGUGGGCGACACCAUGCUGCUGGGCCUGGCUUCGGCGACAGGGGUGUAUCUGACAGCACUGCCCAGUCCUGGAGGGAUUCAAAUAGCAGGGAAGACACCCAAUGACAUCACAUACGAGCAACACAUCUCCAACAUGCAGAAGAAAAUCAAUGACACCAUUGCCAAAAACAAAGAGCUCUACGAGAUCAAUCCUCCGAAACUAUUCACUCUGGACCCAGACGCUUUCAGAAGCAUCAAUACGGAGUUCGUUGAAGAAGUGAUUGGCUCGCCGAUCCCUGAACCCCGGCAGAGGUCCCGCCUCUUUCGUUCCCACUCGGAGAGCUCAGACGAGGUGCUAGAGUUAGACCUGUCUCACGGCAAGAAGGAUGCCUUUGUUCUGGAGAUAGAUGAUACAGAUGCUAUUGAGGACAUUCACUCCCUUCUUACUGAUGCCCCAACACCUCCAGGGUUUUACAGCUGCAACACUGAAAUCAUGCCUGGGAUUUAUAACUGGACUUCAGGUUUACAGAUGUUUACAUCCGUAAGGGUUUUCCGCCUCAGCAAUGCAAAUCUGACCAAUCAGGGCCUGAAUAAGAUCUUCAAUGACCUCUGUGAGAACUUGCUUAAGAGUCUGUACUUCAAGCUGCGAUCUAUGGUGCCCUGUUGCCUGUGUCAUGUGAACUUCAUUGUUGCUGUGCCUGAGGAUGAACUUAUACAAGUAGCGGUGACAGCAGUGGCCAUGAGCUUUGAUAAAGAUCAGUCUCAAGAGAAUGGCAGACAAAGUGGAGACAAGACUCUUAUGAAAGCUAUUACAGAAAAUGAAGAGCAGCUUCAGUUCCCUCUAGAGCUCAGUGCUGAAUCCCCCUCCAACCCUCUCAGCUGUGCCAAAGGUUUGUCUGAGGUGUCAGGCCCUCUACCGAGUGCCCGAGCCCCCUCAGUUGAUCACAGUUCCUUUACAGACAGAUGCAGCUCCUGGAUAGAGCAGCUUAGGCUGAAAGCUCACACCAUAAGACGUGGAUCAAUUAAAACAAUGUCCUCUCUAGAGAAGGCCAGUCCAGUGCCAGAGGGUCGCUCUCGUUCUCUGCGCUCAAAUCGCUCCUGUCCUGGCAGCUCCAUCACUGUGGUGAAAAUGACGCCACUCUCCUUCAUCCCCGGAGCGAAAAUUAUCAAAUACCUCGGCAUCAUCAACAUGUUUUUCAUCAGAGAGACCACUUCGCUGCGGGAGGAGGGUGGCGUGAGUGGGUUCCUGCACUCGUUUAUAGCUGAGGUGUUUGCCAUGGUACGAGCCCAUGUGGCUGCCCUCGGUGGAAACGCUGUCGUCUCCUACAGCAUGAAGGAGUGUGUGUUUAUGGAGAACCCAAACAAAAACCAGGCUCAGUGCCUUAUCAAUGUGAGUGGAGAUGCUGUGAUUUUCAUCCGGGAGUCUGAGCUUGAGGCCACACCUUCACAGACACAGUCAGGAAACGUGCAAACCUCCAGCAACGGAGAGGGAACCUGAAGACACAUCAAUGCACACCGGCGCGCACCCCCCCCC